GCGCUCGGGCGUCCGUCGCGUGCGGCCCCUGGCUCAUCACCGCGGCCUUUGUGUGUCGGCGCCCGCGCCUUUCCACCCCGCGGUGUCUGUGUUGGUCCGUAUCCCGCCGGCCUCCGCCCGGGCCUCGGCGCUGCCCGCGUCCGCUGUGGCGCUUCCACUGGGCGCCGGUCCCCGUGUGUCGACCCCUGUCAGUGUCGGUGUGUGGUGUUCAGGAUUGGUGGUCGUGCCGCUGUCUCUUUCUCUCUCCCUCUCCCUCUCCCCCUUUGCCUCCUCUCUUCCUCUGGGCCUCCGUGUCUGCAGUUCCCGGUGACCCUAGUCCCCAUCUCUGUGCAUCUUCCUCCCCUCCGUUUUCCCAUUCAUCGUCCUCGCGCACAUCCCCGACCCCGAGGUCCCUCUGCGCGUCUGCUCCUUGGUCUGGAAUCUGCCCCUUCCCCCAGGUCCUGGAGUCUCCAGAGGGGUGGGAGGUCGAGAGCCGGGCUGUAGAAUCGAGGCCCACUCCUUGGCCAGCCUGUACUGGUUAUCAGGUGACUUCUUUCAUUUCCAAACCUCCGCUUCCUAGUGUUUAAAGUUAGGGUCGUUCACAGUUCCUGCAUCCUGGCGUCGCUGUGCGUGUUCCCGGAGGCGGUAGCAGUGAAGCAGCUCGCCCCGCAGUCAACUGCUGGGACCCCUGCAUUCCGCUCUUAUACGUUUUCAGCUCCACGCAGCACAUGUUUGACAUCAGUCAUUUGAGUACCCCUUGAGGGUUUUGCCAUAUCGUUCGUUCUCUACUCGAUCUAAUACUUCUCUUUGUGAGUCCGUUUGUGUUGAAAAACUUGUUCUCGUUCUGAGCAGCAUGCGUGCGCUUUCGUGGACUGUUUUUUCUAACACAGUUUAGUGUAAUUACCCGGCGUUAAAGUAGUGUGUUUUCCUUUACCGGCCCUUUUCAAAUGUUCUUUUUCUCUGAUAAUAGCAGGCAGCGUUACUGAGCCCCUACUAUCUGCGGGCAGGGCGCCAAGCACUUUAUGUACCCAUCUUAUUUAAUCAGCAAGCCUGCCGGGUAGGAAUUCUUUCCUUCUUUUCAGAGUUGAGCAAACUGAGUCUCAAGGAGGUUGUUCUGCUGGUAGCUCAUGGCCAGGAUUUGGGCCCAAGUUACUUGUUCUUUGUUUCACACGUUAGUUUUUCUUUCUUUGAUGAGUUUGUAGUGCUGGGUCGCGGUCUCUUUCUUUUCCUUCUAGGGCCUUGAUCCUUUCUCUUCGUUGUCUCGCCUCACUGUCUCUGGUUGUGAUUCGGUCUCUGAGUACUGUCUCUGCCUGGGUUUCUCUGUGCCUCUUUCUCUUCUUGUUGGUCUUGUUCCCUUCCCUCUGUCUCUUCUGUGCUGGUCACAUCAGCUCUUUGUCCUGGUGCAUCCAGCUGGCCUGCUGGGCCCCCUGACCGCCUCACAUCUGCCUCCCUGUGCCUGGGCUCUCCAGCUGGAAUUCAAAGCUGGGGCCAGCCGGCCGUCCCAGGACGUAGAUGCGGUGACCCCCAGCCCCUGCUGCUGUCUUUUCCUCCAGUCGCCCCUGUCUCGCCACCUCCCGGGGGGCCCACCACCCUCACCAUCACCCGCCGCCAUGUCGACCUCGUCGCUGCGGCGCCAGAUGAAGAACAUAGUCCACAACUACUCGGAGGCCGAGAUCAAGGUCCGAGAAGCCACGAGCAACGACCCCUGGGGCCCAUCCAGCUCCCUCAUGUCUGAGAUCGCUGACCUCACCUACAACGUUGUCGCCUUCUCCGAGAUCAUGAGCAUGAUCUGGAAGCGGCUCAAUGACCAUGGCAAGAACUGGCGGCAUGUCUACAAGGCCAUGACGCUGAUGGAGUACCUCAUCAAGACCGGCUCGGAGCGCGUGUCCCAGCAGUGCAAGGAGAACAUGUACGCGGUGCAGACGCUCAAGGACUUCCAGUACGUGGACCGUGACGGCAAGGACCAGGGCGUGAACGUGCGUGAGAAGGCCAAGCAGCUGGUGGCCCUGCUCCGUGACGAGGACCGGCUGCGGGAGGAGCGCGCCCACGCGCUCAAGACCAAGGAGAAGCUGGCGCAGACCGCCACGGCGUCCUCAGCAGCAGUGGGCUCGGGGCCCCCACCUGAGGCGGAGCAGGCGUGGCCACAGAGCAGCGGGGAGGAGGAGCUCCAGCUCCAGCUGGCCUUGGCCAUGAGCAAGGAGGAGGCCGACCAGCCCCCAUCCUGCGGCCCUGAGGACGACGUCCAGCUCCAGCUGGCCCUUAGUUUGAGCCGUGAGGAACACGACAAGGAAGAGCGGAUCCGCCGUGGGGACGACCUGAGGCUUCAGAUGGCCAUAGAGGAGAGCAGGAGGGAGACUGGUGGCCAGGAGGAGUCCUCCCUCAUGGAUCUUGCUGAUGUCUUCACGGCCCCGGCUCCACCACCAGCCACGGACCCCUGGGGAGGCCCCCAGGCUGCACCCAUGACUGCCCCCACGUCGGACCCUUGGGGAGGGGCCCCCGUCCCUCCAGCUGCUGAUCCCUGGGGUGGUCCGGCCCCUACACCAGCCUCCGGGGACCCUUGGAGGCCUGCUGCCCCUGCAGGGCCCCCGGUUGACCCUUGGGGUGGGACCCAGGCCCCUGCAGCUGGAGAGGGGCCCACGCCUGACCCGUGGGGGAGCUCUGAUGGUGGGGCUCCGGUAGGCGGACCCCCAGCCUCUGAUCCCUGGGCUCCAGCCCCGGCCUUCUCGGACCCCUGGGGAGGGUCACCUGCCAAGCCCAGCACCAAUGGCACCACAGCCGUCGGGUUUGACGCGGAGCCAGAUGAGUUCUCGGACUUUGACCGCCUGCGUUCAGCCCUGCCGACCUCCGGGAGCAGCACGGGGGAGCUGGAGCUGCUCGCUGGAGAGGUACCCGCACGCAGUCCCGGGGCGUUCGACAUGAGUGGGGUCGGAGGCUCUCUGGCCGAGGCUGUGGGGAGCCCCCCGCCGGCGGUUGCCCCCACCCCGCCGCCGCCCACGCGGAAGACGCCAGAGUCAUUCCUGGGGCCUAAUGCAGCCCUCGUGGACCUCGACUCACUGGUGAGCCGGCCGGGCCCCACGCCGCCAGGAGCCAAGGCCUCCAACCCCUUCCUGCCAAGCGGAGCCCCGACCACCGGCCCCUCCAUCACCAACCCCUUCCAGCCCGCGCCCCCUGCGACGCUCACCCUGAACCAGCUCCGGCUCAGCCCUGUGCCCCCGGUCCCCGGAGCACCACCGACAUACAUCUCUCCCCUUGGUGGGGGCCCUGGCCUGCCCCCCAUGAUGCCCCCAGGCCCCCCAGCCCCCAACACUAACCCCUUCCUCCUAUAAUCCAGGAGGGAGGGGGAUUUGGCCUGGCCCGGCUUCCCCCAUUUCUGCUCCCUGGGAGACCAGUGUUGUGAGUGCAUGUGAAGCGGGGGACCCCUGCCCCCACCCCAGCACCCUCCCCUCCUGGGGCCCACUCACACUACACCCUCUUCCAUGUCCCCCACCCCACCUCCCCGGAGAGAAACUGGAUGUGACAUGGGGGAUGGGGAGGGGUGCUGGCCGGAGGAGGACCCCUUUCCUGUGGCAUUAGAAAGGGGAGGGACAGCUGGGGGUCCCCCACCCAUUCCCCUCCCUCCCAACUCCUGACUGGCCCCUCAAUCAGUGUUUGAGCCUCCUCGUCCCUAUGCGCACCCCUUGGUGAAUCCUUGGUGAUAAUUUUGGCAACUUCGGGAAUAAAUGGCAAUUCUCUUGGG